UUUCAAUCAGGUUGUUUCAGGUAAUCUUUUGCCGCAUAGUCUGCCCUAGCUGACGCUGUGCAGAGAAUACUACGAUUGGAAACGGUUGGUUAGACCCGUUCGCACUGCACAAGAAAGCAAGAUGGACCGUAGUGAUGAGAGAAUCAAAAGAGCUUUAAGGCGCCGCCCUUAUGUGUUGAAUCCAGUGAGGGUGAACACCCCUGAUUCUGUGAUGUGGCCAACCGGUAAGGUACACAGAAGACCAAGGCCUUCUACUUCAGCGCAGACCCCUCAGAUCCACAAAAGGCCUCCAAUCAUUGAGAGCUGUGGGCAGGAACAGACAUCUGGGGAUGGACGGGACAUCAAUCCAGAGCCUCUCAGCCAGUCUGGAAGGGUGACUCGGCUGAUGGAGAGAAAUUAUGAUGGGGUCAUCUCAUCCUCCAACUCUGAUGACAUCUCUAUCUACUCCUUCACUGACUGUGAAUCUGAGUCUGAUGAUGAGGAUCAUGAAAGGAGGACACCACCGCUGAUAGUGAAGGAUGAGGAGGAUGGAAAGGUGACAAAGUUUGAAGUGAGGGAUAUGGUAGAGGACGACAAUCUGUCUCUCCACUCCUUGGAUGAAUCAGACUUUCUGAUUAUUGUGGCCAAGCCCAACAUCCUUCUCCCUGCCUCUGUGAGUGCCCUGAAGAAGGCAUCACGCCUGACGGAGUUGGUCCCUACUGUCCGGCCCUGCAAGGAGCAGCAGGACAAGAAGACACAGUGGACCAACACCAACAAGGAGAGCCUGAGGAGGAUUAAAAAAAACUGGCCUCCAUAGAGCUCGACCUGGAGGAAGGCCUGAAGAAGGUCAAUGACGGUCAGGACGUCAACCAAGAGAGGCAGAAGAAUGAGGGAUGCUUCAGAGCCUGGAUUGAGAAGUGGAUGGGGAGGAGGAAGGAGGAAAGACUGAGGGAUGAAGAUGUGAAUAGGGAAGACAAAGGGAGGAUGGGCGAAGAGGUGAGGGCACUGAUCCAAGUGAUGAAGAGAAACUGCAGUGAACGUGAUCUUGAGGCAGUAAACCUGGACACUUGGCUGAAUGACUUGGAAAGGUUGAAAGUGGCCUUCAAGAAAUGCACUGGAGAGAUGGCCAAAAUGAGCCCAGGGAAAGUCUCUGGUCCUGUGUCUGGCCUCUCUCCUCUUGUGACCUCAGGACCCCGGACCCUGGCUGAAGCCCCUACGGGCCCUGCCCUCUGCUGUGGCCCGUCCCUCCCAAAAGGAUGUCCCAAAGCCUCCGACACCUCCAAGCCCCGUCUCUGUCAUUGUUGCUUUGCCUGCUGUGGAGUACUUACCAUACCACCGCAGCCCUCGCCUGGCCCCAAUCACCAACCUGAGUGAGAACGGCAGGAAGCUGCUCCAGAAAAUGUCAGGAGUGACCCCACAGGAAGGGAAGGUCAAAAGGAAAAAGAGCAAGGGAAAAAAGCAAGUGAAGAAAGAGAAGGCCAGCAAGAUGCAGCAGGUGGAAAAUGUUGGAGAAAGUAAGGAGGACAAGAAAGAGGAAAAGAAGAGUCUGAGGAAGAGGUUUCUCCAGUGGCUGCUGCCCAAACUGAGAUGUUCGAAGAAAUAAUGGCCUACUACUACAACACACACACACACACACACUCGAACUUCAGAGCUAUAGCGGCUUAUAACCACACUGACAUAAUAAAAUGUAAAAUAAACGUUA